ACAACGAAUUUGCCGCCCUUGCAUUGUGGCCCGAUACAAAUUCGUUAUUGGAUCUACAAUUGUCGGAUCCAAUACUGGGCUAUCAGAAUGUCACUCAGCCACUGGAUUGGUAUGAAGAGGAUAGCUCAUUCAAUGCAAGUGCAUAUGACUAUUUUGUCAACAGCAAUAACAACAGUACUGAGGAUAACAACACAACAAUCAUAACACGAAAUGGCACAGCUGAGUCAACAGUUUACAUUGUUGCAACCAGCACUGUUGGCCCCCAUCGGUCGUCGACAACCCGUUCUUCGGCAUUUGAAGUACCCAUUUGGUUAAUAUUAUGCUACAGCAUCAUUUUACUUUUUGCCAUAGUUGGUAACCUGUUGGUCAUUGUGAUAUUGGCACAGAAUCGUCGUAUGCGUACCAUUACCAAUGUGUUUUUGCUGAAUUUAGCCAUAUCGGAUAUUCUGUUGGGUGUCCUCUGUAUGCCGGUAACAUUGGUCGGUACUCUACUGCGACACUUUAUAUUUGGUGAAUUCUUUUGUAAGCUGAUACAAUUUUCACAAGCUGCUUCGGUAGCGGUUUCAUCCUGGACCCUUGUGGCCAUAUCCUGUGAACGUUACUAUGCCAUUUGUCAUCCCUUGAGAUCGAGACGUUGGCAGACGAGAAGUCAUGCGUACAAAAUUAUUGCCUGCAUUUGGUUUGGCAGCAUGUUGUGUAUGACUCCGAUUGCAAUUUUCAGUCAAUUAAUGCCAACAAGUCGACAAGGUUAUCGUAAGUGUCGAGAAAAUUGGCCAACCUAUGCUUUGCCGUACGAAAGACCGUACAAUAUUUUUCUCGAUUUGGUGCUGCUGGUAUUGCCAUUGGUUAUAUUAUCGGUGGCCUACACGUUAAUAACGCGUACUUUGUACGUUGGAAUGCGCAUUGAAAAGGCAAUGAUAUUUGGCGGCGGUAGCGGAAGUGGCCCCAGCACAGGCAACAUCAACAAUUGUAAUGGCAAAUUAAAUUCCAACGAAUUAUAUUCCACAAUCCACACAAAAUGUGGCUCAUCGUAUAGUAUGACGAGCUGCGGUGGCAAAGGAGCUUAUCUAUCAACGACAACAACAACAUCGACACCAACAUCAUCCAUGACCACUUUAGCAUCAACGUCAUCGGCUGUGUCGCGUUUAAGAUUUCAAUUUUCAUUGCGUCGUCAUGGUCCAAAGACCAUAACAAAUGUCACAAUGAAACUUAAUGGUGAUGGCUGUUGUGGUGGAGCAGGAGGUAAUGCUACAACAGCUGGAAGCAAUAUUGGUAGUGGCGGCAGCAUCAUGCGCAGCCACUUUAGCCUGAACAAAGAAAACCAUUUGGAUGAUACAAUACAAGAAACAGAUAUUUUCCAACAACAGCAGCAGCACCAGAAACCUUCAUCAACCAAACAUUAUCAACAACAGUAUGGCAAUCAACAUCAAAGGUUGUUUCAACAGCAACAUCAGCCACAACAACAAAAUCAUUGCCACAAUUAUCAUCAACACCAAAUGCUGUUGCAUCAUGAAAGUGACCAAGACCAACAGCAUCACUCCUUUUAA